AUGUCAUCAUUCUUUGGCAAAAUGUUUUCCAAGCAGCAGCAACCGCCUCAAUCUGACUCCCGCUCCACCUUCCUGGAUCAGGACGAAGGACUUGGAAGGGCAAAGUUCACUUAUGCUGCUCCCCCUCAUGCAUCCAUGUGGGAUCCAAAUCCAAACGAACAACAAUUUGCCCAAACUCGUCCACAUCAGGACGAUAGGAGACUCAACAAGAAAAAGUCAUCUUCUACUGGAAUGAGACAAGUCAUUCCAAAGGAUUCCUCCUCUUCAUUGCAACCUGUAGAUAGAUGGCCAGUACAAGCUGUUUCUGGUGCAAACGAACAACAGCAGCAGCAACAGUUACCACCUUCGACGUCAUAUCCAGUACCAACCUCAUCAUCAGCAUCAUAUCAUCAGCCAAUGCCACCACCGCAGGUACAAUCGCCUCAACAAAUACCCCGACUCGCUCCAUCACCUCAAACUUCACCCCAAAGAUCAGUCAAACCAUUGCCAUUACCACCGACAAAACUACAGGCUGUAGCUCUACAGAACGCCCAUGAGAGGAAUAGUAGAAUAUCCAUGCUCGGAUUCACCUGGGAAAGCUUGGACGAAUCUAUUACGAAUGGGAACGGCCUGUACGUCGUCGCCAACUCGAAAUAUGUCUACGAUAUAAGUAAAUGGAUCAAUGACCAUCCUGGUGGAAACAAUAUACUGUACAGCGCUGCUGGCACCGAUGUUACUCUGGACUACUUUAGGGAAUCUGGGUUUGAUGCAGAUGACUUCAUCCCCAUAAAACAAGUCAACCAUGUCCGAAAACAAGUUCCCAGUAUUCCUCGUAGCUCAACAUCAUCACUUGCCCUACCAGCUCCCAGAUUGUCAGACCUGUCCUUGAGCGAACUAUCCUUGAAUGACAGGGCACUCGCACACUUACGAUUCUCGGAAGGUGACAUAAUAAGGAUCAAGAGAGCUAGAAAGACCAAUGUACAUUCACGAAAUGCUAUACAAAAGCUGUCGAGUUUGCUUGUUGGUGAGAUUGUGCCAUCAGAGCCUCAAAAACGUGUUGAAGAAGGCGAAUUACGCCCAUUUGACAAGUAUGAGUACAGAAGAUACGCCAUAACGGAAGUGACUAGUGUCAACGCAUCGAGUACAAACCCAGCAUACCAAAUACGAUUCGUGCUACUAUAUCCCUUUGAUACACGAAAAGAUGAACCAACUUCAUUCCACGGUGGUGAAUGUAUAGAGAUACAGAUUCGGGUGCAAGACCAAUGGCAUUCUCGAUACUAUACUCCCAUAUCUGGGAGCCCAACUGCCUUUGAAGUGAUAGUGAAAACAUAUCCGACUGGACUCAUGUCACAGUUCCUUACUAGACAGAAUCCGGGAGAUCGUCAAUUUAAGAUUAGAGGGCCAUUUGGAACUCAAAUCUUUCAUCCGCAAAAACCACUACAGCUGUCCAGCCCUGCAUGGACCCCAGAAAGACUAAUAUAUAUAUGCGGUGGAAGUGGAAUCACACCCUUCUUGCAAGCCUUACAUAGUAUGCUGUUUCCAGUCUUAACACCCUUGGCCGUCAUUACUGAUUAUCUGCAAACAGCAGAGGAUGAACUGUCAUUGGCUCGUGGUGAUGUGGUGUAUAUAAAGACGAACUUUUAUGAUGGUUGGGUCUUAGGUAGCAAUCUUACGACUCAUCAGGAUGGAAUCUUCCCACUAGCAUGUACCGCACCCUUUUGUGGCCUCAAGACCAAAAUCACCCUCAUAAACCAAAUCCAGACUGUAAACGAUGUUAUAGGUGGAACCAUACUAGAAGGAUCCAUGCUAUCUUAUAGCUCACAAGUCAAAAUCCAUCAUAUAAUUGCUAAAGGUGUCGAUUUGAAGAAUAUGCCAGCUGGCGUCUCUGGAUUUGUGCAUCAAGGCAAACUGAAUGAAGCCAUGCUGGAACAACUUGUUGCUCGGACAUGGGACACUACAGGUGCUACAUCGCAAAAGAUUGUGAUUAUAGGGCCGAGAGGGUUUGAUGGAACUAUUGUUGAUAUUUUGACUGAUCUGUUGAGUGUCAGUAUUGAUGUCGCUGAUAUUAAGAUAAUGCCGGGCGAUCGCUUUAUAUGA